AUGCCACCGCUAAAAAGCCUGCGACCGCGUCAGAAGCGCAUUCUGGAAUAUAUAGAACGUUUCAUGGACGAAAACGGCAUACCGCCCACUGUGCGCGAUAUCCAAAAGGGAUGCGACAUCAGCAGCACGUCGGUGGUUGACUAUAACCUGCGCCUGAUGGAGCGGGACGGCUACCUGAAACGCCGGUCGGAAGUGGCGCGGGGGAUUGAGUUGCUGGAUGAGACGGGCCAACCGGUCGCCAACGGAGCGGUGAGGGUCCAGAUCGUUGGUUAUAUUGCAGCUGGCGAACCGAUUCCGGCGUUUUCUACUGAAGGGGCCUCGGCUGCUGUCGAGUUCGAUACGGUAGAGGUGCGACCGGACCUGAAAAAGAAGCACGGGACCCUGUUCGCGCUGACGGUUAAGGGAACAUCGAUGAUCGACGCCCUCAUCGACGACGGGGAUGUGGUGGUGGUAAAGCCCACCAAUACAGCCCGUAACGGCGAGAUGGUGGUGGCCUGGCUGCGCGAGGAAGAGGAAGCGACCCUGAAGAAAUUCUACCGGGAAGGGUCUCAGGUGCGGCUGCAACCCGCCAACAGCACCAUGGAACCCAUAUACGCCGACGCUGGCAACGUGGAGAUUCGCGGGCGGGUGGUCGAGGUGUUGCGCCAGUAUUAA